AUGGGCAUCCCGUGUGCGGCCAGCCCACUCAAUGAGACAUAUGGGAAUAUUACGACAUCUGAUAGUCCGAAGACUAGCAACGCAAAUAUAGCAGAUGACUCCAAGAAUCCCGACUUUACACAGUCCUCAGUGGAAUGUACAGCCCGAGUCGGUUCAAUAUCCAGGAGGUCUAGAAGGAAAGCCAAAGGCCCGAUGGAAAUUGUCUGCAGCUGGAUUGUCGAACACCAGAUUGGCCUCUCUGUAAAUCUUCUCGUUCUGCUUUCACUCACACACACAUGCUUUCCUCGCGCACGACGGCACACCCGAAAGUUUUUCGAACUCUCUUAUUUCAACCCAGCAACAGGAGAGUAUCAAGCUGGGUGGAACGAUGCAUGGAUGGUAUUUUACUGGAUAGUGUUAUUCACAGGCCUACGUGCCGCUGUGAUGAAUUACGGCCUAAUGACACUAGCAAAAACAUGGGGUAUCCAGGUCAAAAGGGAUCAGACUAGAUUUUCUGAGCAGGCAUGGCUUCUGAUAUACUACUCGAUUUUCUGGACUUUAGGCAUGUAUAUCAUGGUCAACUCUGCCUAUUGGUUGAAUUUCCAAGAGUUAUGGAAUGGCUGGCCAAAUAGAGAGAUUGGAGGCCUUCAUAAAUGGUACAUUCUUGUGCAGUAUGCUUUCUGGCUCCAGCAGAUCAUGGUCAUUAAUAUCGAAAAACGGCGAAAAGAUCAUCAUCAGAUGUUCACACACCACAUCGUUACAACCUUGUUGAUAUUCACAAGUUACGGCUAUCACCAAACCCGUGUCGCUAAUCUGAUACUUUGUAUUAUGGAUGUGGUCGACUUAAUACUUCCUAUUGCCAAAUGUUUAAAAUAUCUCGGCUUCUCAACCUUGUGUGAUUUUGUAUUUGGAUUUUUCAUGGUUAUCUGGUUUGCAGCUCGUCAUGUUAUAUACCUGAUGAUCUGUUGGUCCGUAUACGCCGAUAGUCAAUCUAACAUAGACUACGGCUGUUACAGAGGGAAAAAUGGAUCUAUCAUCGGGCCCUUCCCUGCUCAAAACUGGUUCAUAUAUCUCCUUGAGCCAUUUCAUGACCCAGAAGGUAUUAUUUGCUGGAACGAUAAUAUCAAAUGGGGAUUUUUAAGCGCACUCCUAUUUCUUCAAGGAAUUACUCUACUCUGGUUCUGGAUGAUAGUUCAAGUAGCCUUACGAGUAUUGCGCGGCGGUCAGGCUGACGAUUCACGUAGCGAUGAAGAAGAAAGUGAUGAAGAAAUUUUUGCCGAGGAACCGCUACUCGAGAACUUUUCCAACGCUGAAUCUGAGGUUGAAUCAAUAGACCUUAAGAGGCGGCUAUCCAAUGUCGGUAGGAGUAAAUAUUCUAUAUUCGCCGACUUUAAUAUUCAACUAACAGACUUUUACAAAUUAAGCUCCUUGAGAAUGUCCGAAUCAAUCUCGAAAAAUUAG